UAGACGCUUAACCACGUUUGAAUUUACUAGCAGCAGCCUGCAUAUGACAGAGCCUCUUGAAGAAUACGAGCUUUGAGGGAUCUUACAUAACGCUACUCCUCCUGUCUGGACUCAAAUAAAGAGCUCCCCGUGUUUCUUCACGAUGGCCUACUUUUCACUGCCCAUCACAACACUCGCUUCUAAACUUGUCAAAAUACCUCCUAACCCCCCUAGCUCUUAGACACUAGAAAAUUUCAUCAUGUUACUACACCCCCAAGCCAUCCUCCUCCUCCUAGCAGGCAUCACUUCCCCAGCCGCCUCCCAAACACCUCCAAGCCUAAUAAACGCCCUUGUAGCCUCCGGAGCUUCUCAAUUUGCCAGCAUCAUCCAGUCCGACUCGGAGGUUCUUUCGCUGUACCUCUCCGACCGAGUCACCACGGUCUUCGCCCCCAUAGACUCAUGUGUGGGCGACUCACCACUGCAAGAAAGAGACCUAUCCGCGUCACAGCGAAGGGCGGCGGCAUUCCAAUCAGCUCGGGGGACAACAACCCUGGAAACAGCCAGUCGCUCACUGCCCGGCUCCAGCCUCGAGACUAACGACGAAGCCCCGCUGCUGGAUGGCCGCGGACAAAGAAUCGUGAUCGAUACUAGGCCUCUGAACGCAACCUCGCCUACCAAGCGAUGGGCCUCGUCUGCUAUUCUCCGACGCCAGGUCAACGGAACAGCCCAGUCAUUGCUCAGGAUCUCGUCGGGCCUGGGCAAGACCACCAAUGUCAUCAAAGGAGACAUCCCCUACGACGGUGGCAUAAUCCACAUCACGGACAGCUACUUCACGAUGCCCCAAUCCCUCUCCGCGACCUCUCAAGCAACCGGCCAAACCGCCUUCGCACAGCAACUAUCCCUUAGCAACACCACCAGCACGCUCGACACCACGCACUCCGUGACCGUCUUCCUGCCCUCCAACGCCGCCUUCUCCUCCUUCCCCAACUCCACCGCGCCCCAGCAGCUGGUCUCCGACCACGUCGUCCCGGGCACCGUCAGCUACCUGCCCGACCUGCGCGACGGGAGCGUCCUGACGACGCAGCGGGGGGAGACGCUCGCGAUCAGCGUACGCGCGGGGCGGUACUACGUCAACGGGGGCUUGAUCACGCAGGCGAAUCUGGUGCUGGAGAACGGCGUCGCGCAUGUGGUUGAUCGGGUAAGUCUCUGUUUAAAUUGUGCUACUAAAACACAGGUUCUGAAGCCAACGCCGGCGCCGCCGGCCACAGCAGCUGCGUCGUCCGUAUCGAUGAGCUCGAUUGGCUUGCUCGGGGUGUUAGUUUACUAUGUUGGAAAGAUGGUCCUGGCCUAAUUUCCCUGACCUAAAUAGGUGGUUGGUACUUGUGAGCGAGAGAAUGAGAGAGAUGGAGCGUAAUAGUUAAUUAUCCCCACACCAUACCAUAUGGUACAUCUCUAGAUAGCUUGAUUUAAAAAUAGCAUAUAUUUGGCGUGAUAAGGUACUGUAUUUACUCAUACUUACUUCGGUAUAUGUGUACUUUAAGUCUUAAGCCAUGAAGUGGCUACGUGAAGUGAGCUGAAUGGAAUCCUCCGGAGCAGAGAGUUAUAAGCGAGCUCGCUUAAAACUAACACCGAAGACAGUACUUGUCAGAAGCCCCUUUUCGAGUGGAUUAAAGGUUGGUAUCUAACAUCAACCACUAACUAACCACCAG